CUUAGAUUUGAUGAGUGUUAAUUGUUCACCCUGUGCUUCCUGCAAGCUCCUGAGACGCCGUUGUUCCCAGAAUUGCCUCUUUGCUCCUUAUUUUCCUUCCAAUGAUCUUCACAACUUUGCCAUGGUGCACAGGGUCUUUGGAUGCAGCAAUCUUACAAAAAUGCUAAAGGAUGUUCCCGUUGAGCAAAGAGGAGAUGCAGUGAAGAGUUUAGUUUACGAGGCAAAUGCAAGAGUGAGAAAUCCUGUGUAUGGCUGUGUUGGAAUAAUAUCUAACUUAGAAAUUCAAGUUUCUGAGUUACAAAAGCAGCUUGCAAUAGCUCAUGCAGAGAUUCGUACCAUGAAAAUGCAGCAAGAAUUUAUGUUCAUCAAUGGUGGUAUAUCACCAUGA